AUGACAAUCCUGGUACUGGCGACGGCCAAGGUCAGCCUCUGGCUCGCGGCGCCUCUUGGGAAUGAUCCAAACGGCUUCGUCCCGGCCUCUGUGGGCGGGUCGCCGCGCUGGAGGACUUUUGUACGCAACGAAAGCAACCCGUACCACAUACCGGACAACGUGUUUGCGAGCGAGAUUAAGACGAGAGAGACCGUCGAGAGGCUGAUCCAGACGCACUCUUCGGCGGUCCGCAUCAACGGCCGUCACGCCCGCUGGGUCCAUGACGACGGCAGCAAGUCCACCUUGCAGGCAACAUUCACGCCGCCUAGCAUGGGCCAAGACCAAGUCUACUUCAUACGGGGUCUAUAUCAAAUGCGCUGCAUAAUUGUCCUAUUGGAAGCCUACGGGACCAGCAUCAACCGCCAAACGAACAUCACAGACGCCACACACAAGACCAAGACCAACGGUGACAAGAAGGGAGAAGAUGACGACGACCGCGACGUCUGGCACUGGCCGCCCGAGCACGUGGCCUACUGCCUCAACGUCUUGGCGGACGCCGUGCAAUGUACGGCGGACGCGACGCCGCUCUCCUUCGUGAACGGUUUCGGGUCCGGACAUCUCACUGACGGGCAGCAGGCGUGGUGCCGGGAUUGGGAUUCCCUACGCGCGUGGGCCGCGGAUGAGGAGCGCAGCGUGGACGCGGCCCAAGGAGGCGCUGCGCUUACGGGGUCGUUCGGCAGGUUGUGGCGUACUAUUUUGCCCUGA